AACCAGAACCAAAAUAAAAGAAAGAAAGGGUUUAAGAACAGGCAAAAAUAAGAAGGGAAUUUCCAAGAUACAAAUUCCAGUGAUACUGCGACUCUCUCGAAUUGAUUUUUGCAAUGGUUGCCCACACAACCUGGUUGCGUUAUAUUGCCAGCAAAAUCGAUUACUCCGUCUCCCUCAGCUGGAAGAAUUAUAGACGAGGUCAAAUCACGGAUACUGAAGUAUUUGAUACUGUAUGGAAAAAUCUUUUCCAGGGAAAACUGACGUUCUUGCAUUGGAACAAGGGAGAGGAGAUGGCCCCUACAGUGGGACCUUGCGGUGGAACUCUUCUUGUUAGAAAAAUACCAGCAGCCGAUCCAACGAGAGUAUAUGUUGGAGACGUCGUAGUUCUAAAGGACCCUACGAGCACAGAGAAAUAUCUUGUUAGGAGGUUAGCUGCUAUUGAAGGGUACGAGAUGGCUUCUACCGAUGAAAAGGACGAGCCUUUUGUCCUUGAAAAGGAUCAGUGUUGGGUAUUAGCUGAUAAUGAAAAUCUAAAGCCCAAGGAAGCAUAUGAUAGCCGAACAUUUGGUCCAGUUUCUAUGACAGACAUUAUUGGCAGAGUACUAUAUUGCCUUAGAACGGCUGUGGAUCAUGGACCUGUAAACAAUAGUCAUUUUAGUGCGAGGAAGGAUUUGCCUGUUCUUGAAGUUGAACUGGAUGUCGAUGAAAUGGCAAAAAAUCACAAAGCAUAGACGUGAGUUGCAAAGAGAGGCUCUGCUUCGCUUUAUUUCCAUGUAUGAUCUUGUCGUUCAGUUUUCUUAUCAGAACACUUCUCAUCUUCUCAAGUGGGCGACGUCUAAAAUAAGAGUAGUCGAUCCUUUAAAGAUCAUCUAUUACAAUAUUUGGCUUGGAAAAGCGCAUCUCAAUGUUGGUUCUCGCUCUUUAUAACAAUGGCAUAUAAAUACUGAGUUUACCAUUGUUUUUGAGCUACUGUGCUGGAUUGAGAUUUAUGAAUUUUCGAGGGUACAUUUUCUUAAUUUACUUUUUACUAUUGAAGUGAUUUGCUGACACAAAAAUAUUGCAUUGGAUGUGCAUUUUCUUUGGGUCAAAGACAGUGUUAGUAACCUAAUUUCAA